CAAAACAAAAAUAUCAAAACAACACUCAGCACGUUGUUAUUGAUCGUGUUCGGAACUGAGAAAAUGGAGAUCCGCAAUAACAAUCCUGGUGCCGUUCAAUACGGAAACUUUAUGAAUUAUUAUCAGUUUAAUUCAGCAACAGAACGUGUGAAACUAUUACCGGAUAAGGACGUUUGGCUAAAGGAUGGGGAUUCGUUGGAUGAAAAGCCCUAUCUAGUCUUGGAUGUGGGAUGCAACAGCGGAGUUUUCACCCAGCUCCUGCACAAAUAUUUGGAGGAGUUCUUGCAAAGAUCUGUGAGGAUCCUUGGAGUGGACAUAGACGAGCGCCUGAUUCAACGCGCCGUGGAAGGGAAUGAACUUCCUGAAAGUAUUAGUUACUCAUGCGUGGAUGUUUUGGACGAGACUGCUUUCGAGCAGGUCCCACAGUACUUAGAGAAGUUUAAUCGACAAAAGUUCGAUGCUGUUUGUUGCUACUCUAUCACAAUGUGGAUACACCUAAACCACCAUGAUGAGGGUCUGCAACUCUUUCUUCGGAAAAUGUCCUUUCUGGCUGAGCUAUUAGUUAUAGAGCCUCAACCGUGGAAAUGCUAUCAAACCGCUGAGAGAAGGCUUAAACGCACAGGUGAAGUGUUUCCCCUGUUUUUGGAGCUGAAGUGGCGCUCAGACGUGGAAAAGCAGAUUGAGAAAUACUGUGAAGAGACUUUGAAGAGAAGAAAAAUAUUUGAGUCCACACCUACCAAGUGGCAGAGAAGGAUCUGCUUUUAUAGAUAA